ACCAAACGGUCACAUUAAGCAAUAACAACUGGGUCCCCGUUGUUUGCCACUAUUCAUACGAAAAGAAAAACUGUAAAGUUAAACUACACACAUUUAUAUACCUCCCGCUUCCUGCCCCCACAAAAGUGCAUUUAAAUACAAAAAAAUUACAAAAAAUAAAUACAACGCAAAAAAGCUACGGAUAAAACAUCAAAUACGGCACACAUACAUAGACACAAAACACACAAAGAAAGAACUCAGAUCAUGAUGAUGGCUAAUGAGAAUGAACAACAAAUCUAUCGUGGAUGCAUAAGUCAACAAUUGGAGGAAUUGGAAUUACUUAAUUACAUUUAUUGUAAGCCAAAUGAAUUGCAAUUACUUGACCCCAGUGUUGUCACCGAUUACAAUGAGUAUUUGGAGAAGAGCCACACAUUGCCAGCAGCUCAUUUGGAAUACAUUAUCAAAUUGCCAAUAAUGGGUAACAGCAAUAAUAUUGAUGUACGCAUAGAAUUACCUCAUCUAUAUCCCAAAUUGGAAAAGGCAAGGAUCAGUGUGCAUUCAUCGUUGCUGGGCAAGCUCAAAGAGGAGUAUCUACAACAAGAAAUUACCAAAUAUUUGGAGGAGCAACAAGAAGAUGAUACAGAACCGUAUAUAUAUCAAUUAUUAUCAUGGUUACAAGAUCAAAUGGAAGUUCUACUCAAGCGACCAGCGAGUGAGUUUACUUCAAAUGAAGUUCCCGUAGAGGCAGAGGCCUCUACAAACCUCGAGCGAAUGUGGAUCUAUUCCCAUCACAUAAAAUCGACAACGAAACGUCAAGAACUCAUACGCCAGGCACGUCAAUUGGAGCUAAGUGGUUUCAGUAGACCUGGAAAACCGGGCAUUAUAUGCAUCGAAGGGGAUUCGGCUAAUGUUCAAGAAUAUUGGCGUUCCAUUAAAUCUUUGCGUUGGCAAAAAAUCACUUUAGUUCGCACUGAAACCAAACAACGUAAGCGACGUUUUGAUAAUUUCACCGAGCAGCUAUUCAAUGCCGAAGGCAGUUCCAACUCUGAGGAGGGCAUCAUGAAUAUGGGUCAAUUUAUUAAAUUUCUAGAUGAUCAUGGCUCUGGCUAUAUAAAGGCAGAGUUGUUUGGUUUAGCCUAAACAAAAGCUACAUAUCAAAUUUUCGUUAAGUUU